AUGUAUAAUGAUGCUGAUCCAUAUGCCUAUGAUCCUAAUAAGGUUCAGAAAGAUGAGGAAGACAUGCCAUUAGGGAGUAGUAGUGUAGAGAACGUCGCGUCGAAGAGUUUGGUUACCAAGUUGGGGAUGAAGACAGAAAAGGCAUCCCUCUCUUAUGAUGCAGAUGUUACCCAUAGGUGUAAGGAUAAUGUGUAUGUGUUCUUUAAGAAUGGUAGAAAAAUUUUCCUUGGUCCUAUUAAGGGAGGUAGUAUACCCAAAGUUUCUAAAGUAGAGGGGAAGCCAUCACUUCUCAUAGUCAAUAAUGAGGAUGAGUUUGAUAGGGAGUGUAAAGAGCUGAAACAGGUUUAUGUAGUAGUGGUGACGGAUGGAGAGCUAAAGAAGGUUGUUAAGAUACUUGAGGCAAUUCAACCAUUGAUUAACGAGUUUGAACAAUUGUUUCCAGAGGAGCUUCCUACAGGUUUACCACCAAUGCACAACAUCCAGCAUUGCAUUGAUUUAGCUUCGAGAGCUAGUCUAUCAAAUCUGCCACAUUACAGAAUGAAUCCUCAAGAGGGUCAAAUUCUACAAGGACAGGUGGAUGAGCUUCUGAGCAAGGGGUAG